GAAUGCAUCCUCAGCACUUGUUCGUGCUCUCAAACUGCUCAUCGUUCGCACAAACAUAUGGAAUAAGGAGGAGGUAGGUUGAAAAGGGCUGGAGGGGCUUGAACAAUCAAACCCCGUUGGACACAAAAAGACGAAACGAACCCGACUCAAACUGGAAGGGCUCAGCGCAGCGUGGGUGCCCAGGGAUCCUCUUCCUGAGUGUGUGGAGAGUAGCGGCCAAAACCCAAGCGACAUGAACCACACCAAGGGCGGCCUGGUUAUCUUCACCGCCAACUCGCACCCGUCCAGCCGCGAGUUGGGGAAGAGGAUUGCAGAGCGAUUAGGUGUGGAGCUUGGCAAGGUGCAGGUGUACCAGGAAGCCAACCGAGAAACACGUGUGCAAAUCCAGGAGUCCGUGCGAGGGAAGGAUGUCUUUGUGAUUCAGACCGUGUCCAAAGACGUGAACACGACCAUUAUGGAGAUGCUGAUCUUGGUGUAUGCGUGCAGGACGUCUUGUGCCAAAAGCAUCACGGGCGUCCUCCCCUACUUCCCUUACAGUAAACAAUGUAAAAUGAGAAAGAGGGGCUCCAUCGUCUCCAAGCUUAUUGCCUCCAUGAUGUGUAAAGCAGGUCUUACACACCUGAUCACCAUGGACCUCCACCAGAAGGAGAUUCAAGGCUUUUUUAACAUCCCAGUAGACAACCUUAGAGCCUCACCUUUCUUGUUGCAGUAUAUCCAAGAAGAGAUCCCCGACUACAGGAACGCUGUGAUUGUGGCUAAAUCACCAGCUUCUGCCAAACGGGCCCAGUCGUUCGCCGAGCGCCUGCGCCUCGGGAUCGCCGUGAUCCACGGCGAGGCUCAGGAUGCGGAGUCCGACCAGGUUGAUGGGCGACACUCGCCACCCACCGUCAAGACCACUGGAGCCAUCCAUCCAAGCAUGGAGAUACCAUUGUUGAUUCCCAAGGAGAAGCCCCCCAUCACUGUGGUCGGAGACGUAGGCGGCCGCAUCGCCAUCAUAGUGGAUGACAUCAUCGACGACGUCGACAGUUUUGUCGCGGCGGCAGAGACGCUGAAGGAACGAGGAGCCUACAAGAUCUUCAUCAUGGCAACGCACGGCAUCCUCUCCUGCGACGCUCCCAGAUUCAUCGAGGAGUCGGCCAUCGACGUGGUUGUGGUGACCAACACCAUCCCUCACGAACUCCAGAAGCUCCAGUGUCCCAAGAUCAAGACGGUGGACAUCAGUAUGAUCCUGUCGGAGGCCAUCCGACGCAUCCACAACGGAGAGUCCAUGUCCUACCUUUUCCGUAACAUCGGAGUGGAUGACUGAAGGUUCUACACAUGCCAUUUGCCUUGUCAGACCUCAAAGCGUGCACUGUAUAAAGACGCAUACGCAUAAUACAAACACGCCCAUACAUUCAUGUCCUCCAUGUUUUUUUUUUUUAAAGAUCUCCAGAGUAGUCCAUAUGACUGAUAGCCCUGUUCAUGAAGUAAUGCUUUUCUUCCCGUGUCUGAACACGCACUGAUUCCAUGUCCACUACUGUCCUUCUUGUCUCAAGUAAAAUUCUUUUAUUAGUCUCACCCCUGUAUCUCCAAAAUCAUGCCAAUUGUUAGCAUUGUUUUCUUUCUCCACAUUGUUUGUAGUAUUUAUAGUUCCCCGCAAAGCAGCGGAUUAUUAUUAGCUUUAUAUAUUUUUAACUGAGCAAGCUUGUCAAAAUUUCAAAUCCUCAGUGUUUCAAGGCUAAUAGCGAUAAUGAAAUUGUAGUUUUUUUUUUUUAAGUUGUUUUGUUUAAUAAGAUCCACUCAAAGAUUCAGUUAGGUGGUCCGCCUCAUAUUUCUAGCAAAGGAGUUGUUUUCAGGAUAAUUAUCAGUGAAUGUCCUUAAAGAAAGAUUGUACCCCAAUGCACACUCGCAACACACUAAUACAAACACAGUCCUUCACCAAAUAAGUCAAGUCAUUCAACACACAUCUUGUUACAAACUAGGUUUCCCACUAGUUUUGCUUUGCGGGCGGAGACGUGUCCUGCUGCUUUGAAUUUGAAGACCUUUAGUCAGUUUGUUUUUAGCUGAUACAUGACAUUAAUGAUGACUCCUUCCAGCUAGAUGCAUUGACAAUUAAGUUUGCUGUAGCAAUAGCUACACGUGGGGUCAAAUCUACUAUUUGAUAAAUAUAAACUGGAAAUAACAAAUACUUGUUUGUAAUGUGCUCCAGAAGUACGACUACAAAAGUGUAUGUAUUUAACACUGUGCCAUUAUCUCCUCAAUACCUCCAUGUGUUUGAUUAUCUCCAAUGCCACAAAGCUGUUCAAUGUCCUGGAAUGACAUGGAAGUCAACGUGUCCUUCGUCACAUAUCAAUUGAUCCUCCACCCAAGUCAAUAUUCGCUUUUCAUCGAUAGUCUAAUGAAAAGUAAUUGAUUCAACGGCAUCAUUGCGUUUGUCCUUCAUUUCCAGUAAAGAAACACAAAGCUAGGAAGCUAUCACUGUUUUUCUAGCAAAUAAAUUGACUGAAGCUGGUCUUUGUCACGUUGCCAGUUGUGGUCCAAAAAAUGUUUUGUAUUUAUUUUCUGCACUAACUGAAUAAACAAGAAAUAAAGACUC